AUGUCAGUGCUGGAGGGAACCUUAGGAGACUGUCCUAUUCUAAUCCUUUAUGUGGCAGAUGGGGAGACUGAGGCCCAGCGGGAGCAGGCGGCGGCCGUGGCAGUGGCAGUGGCGCUGACAGAGGCAGAGCGGUCGGUUGCGGCGCGGGGGCGGCGGCGGCGGCGGCGGCGGCGGCUGCGGCUGCGGGCCCAGGCGGGGCGGACGGACGGGCGGCUUGAGAGGCGCCAGGCCCGCCCCCUCUUCAGGAGCCCAGCCGGGCAUCCCAAGCGAGCUGCCGGCCGGGCUGCGGUGCAAGCGGACAUGGCUCUGACCCUGACCCCCGAGCGCAUCAAGAUAUCCGAGGUGGAGAUGGAAUGCUACUACUGUCUCCUGCAAGCGGCGGCCCUCAUCGAGUCCAUCUCUGCAAGUCGGAGCAGUGCAACACAUCUUGCCUCACGCACUGGCACUGCUACGGGUGAACCCUACCCUCGCGGUGCCCUCGGGGGCAGUUCCCUAGGCUGGAAGUCUCUGCAGAACUGCCGGCUGACCGGAGGCCUUCCCGGGCCCCGCCGAGACCUGCCCUUCGGCUGGCUGGCCCGUUGGCAAAAUGUUGGGACUGGACUACUCGGUAAAUGGCGUGGUGGUGACGCUGAUGAUCUUGCUGAUGGUGGUGAUGAUGAUACGGGCUUUACAGGUCUUAAUUCAUUUGGUCCCCACAACCACCCCGAGAGUCCUGUCUGCCCUGACAUCCUCCUUGGGGCUUUGGUUUUUUUUUUUUUAUUUUUAAUUAUAUUUGACUUGUGUUUUUCAGGUGGCAGAGGGAAAAAUAAUGACUGCAUUAUAACAUUUCCAGAAAACACAAGUUUCAAAGAAGUACCAGAGGAUGUCUUUAAAAAAGUGUUAACUUACUUAACGUCCCUUGCCAGAAAACGUGUACCAGAUACCAAAUUUAUCAUUAUUUUGGAUAGAAGACUGGAUACCUGGGCAUCUGUAAAAAUCACUCUCCAAAGAAUUGCAGCCUCUUUUCCAGGGAACUUGCAUUUGGUUAUGGUAUUGAGGCCCACAAGUUUUAUCCAACGUACUUUCACAGACAUUGGCUUUCGGUUCAGUCAAGAUGAUUUCAUUCUCAAAUUGCCGGUUGUAAUGCUUAGUUCGGUCAGUGACUUACUGAAUUACAUUGAUGAGAAGCAGUUAACCCCUGAGUUUGGAGGGACUUUGGAAUACUGUCACAGUGAAUGGGUCAUCUUUAGAACAGCUAUUGAAAAUUUUGCCCUGACUGUGAAGGAAAUCGCACAGAUUUUGCAGUCUUUUGGGACUGAGCUGGCUGAAACUGAACUGCCAGAUGAUGCUUAUUCCAUUGAGCGACUACUGAAAGUUCGUACUGAAAAAUACUUGCAGUUGAAGGAACAGAUUAAAACUGUUACAAAAGAAGGAAAUGUGCUGCUGAAGACCUUUGAAGUGCCUAACACCAAAGACUCAAAGAAGGAAUCUUCUCAAGAACAAUCUGGAGACUGGGAAACUAUUCAGAGAUUACUUGCUCAAUUGCAUGAUAUGGAAACAGCCUUUGAUGAAUUUUGGGAUAAGCACCAACUCAAGAUGGAUCAGUUUGUACAACUUUGGAGAUUUGAACAAAAUUUUCUAGAGCUAAAGGAUGCUGUCGAAUUCUUAAUGGAACAACAUGCCGCCAUACCCAGUACUGGAGAAAAUGUGGCGGAUGUAAGGCAAAAGCUCACAGAAUUGGCCACCUUGGAUGAGAUGUCUAAGGAGUUGAUUGGGAAGGCCCAGCUCGUGAUACUGCAAGGGCAUCAGCUUGCCGCUAAUCACCACUAUGCCGUUGACUUAAUCUGCCAGAGAUGCAAUGAGUUAAGACACCAAACGGAUGUAUUGUCUGAAGAGCUGAAAGCCAAAGAGAAGAAGCUCAGCAAGACCUUGGAACUCCAGAAUCGGCUGCGCCAGGCUCUCCUGUGCUGUGAUGAGGGGGCCUAUCUCCUUGCUAAUCAGCCGAUGGAUAAAUGCCAGGCAAAAGAAGGUGCUCAGAGAGCUCUUUAUGACAUCGAGAAGUUCCUUGAUGUGACUCUCCCCAAUUUAAAGUAUGAUCCUCGUGUCCUACAGCGGGAAUUUGAGGUCAUUUUGACUCCCGAACUCAAGGCUCAGAUCCAGGCUGUCCAGGUCAAGCUGGAAAGCAUUCGCAGCAUGUUCCAGAAUCGGCAGACUUGUUUCCGGAAGCUGACAGAUAAACAUUCCCGGCCCAUCCAACUUGUGGCACCCCGGCCGGAACUCACAGGCAGAUCCAAAUCGCCACUGUUCUCACCCAGACAUGGGAUGGACUUUAAUUCUUCUUUGAAAUUCUCCUUUGAUCUCUCUCUUCCUGGGAAGAAGUCAAGAAAAAACCAAAACUCACGAAAAAUUGAAGUGAUGCAUGAUUAUCAAGAGAAGAGAAAUUCCUUACAGUACUUUAUUUCAGAGAAUGAUGACAGCUUGCAUGUGCUUAAAAGGCAUGUCAUAAAUGAGCUAAUAGAGACUGAGAGGGUGUAUGUGGAGGAGCUGUUCAUUGUCUUGGUGGGCUACCGAGCAGAGAUGGAAAACCCUGAGAUGAUACCACUUAUGCCAAUGUCCCUGAGAACCAGGAAGGAUGUUCUCUUUGGUAACAUGCCUGAAAUCUACGAAUUCCAUAAGAGGAUUUUUCUGCACAGCUUGGAAAGCUGCCUUGAAGCUCCACAACGCGUGGGAUUUUGUUUCCUUGAAAGGAGGAAUGAUUUUCAGAUCUAUGAGACAUACUGUCAGAACAAGCCCAGAUCUGAGCUACUUUGGAGACAGCACUCAGAAAGUGUAUUUUUCAUGGAAUGCCAAAAGAAACUGGAUCAUAAACUUGGCCUGGACUCCUAUCUGCUCAAACCAGUGCAGCGCCUGACAAAAUAUCAGUUGCUUUUGAAGGAGUUACUCAAAUACAGCGCUAGCUGCGAAGGAGUUCACGAGCUCCAGGAAGCUCUUGAGGCAAUGUUGGACUUACUGAAGUCAGUCAAUGAUUCCAUGCAUCAGACUGCCAUUACUGGUUAUGAUGGUGACCUCAGUGACUUGGGCAAGAUAUUAAUGCAAGGAUCCUUCAGUGUGUGGAUUAGUCAUAGAAAAGGAGCCACCAAAAUGAAGGACUUUGCCCGAUUCAAGCCCAUGCAACGCCACCUUUUCUUGUAUGAGAAAGCUAUUGUGUUCUGUAAGAGGAGAAACGAACAUGGAGACGGACAUGAGAAAACACCCUUCUAUAGCUUUAAGCACCAUUUGAAAAUGAAUGCUGUUGGAAUCACAGAGAAUGUGAAAGGAGAUAGCCGCAAAUUUGAAAUCUGGUACAGUGGGCGGGAAGAAGUUUAUGUCUUGCAGGCCCAGACUAUGGAAUCCAAGACAGCCUGGUUGAAUGAAAUAAGAAAAAUUUUGAUCAAGCAGCAAGAAGUUGGAAGAGUUGAGAACCAGCAGCGGCACCAGGCUGCGGAAGCUGUUCCAAGUGUUUCUCAGCUGACUGAAGGAAUGCAGCAGCGAGUCUCCAUAAGCUCUGAAGAAAACGAAUCUGAUCGCACCAGUCCUGGGACAGCAGACAGUUUGACGCUGUCAUCUCAGACUAAAACAAGAAAAAGUUCCUCAGGGACUUCACUGACUGCGGAACUCAGGGACAACCUGGAGGAAUGGGUCAACAGUAGCUUCCUGUUGGCUUGUUCAGACACAGAGGAGGAAGAUGGGAGCCAAUUGUCUCCAAGAAACUGUAAAGUCCUUUCAGGAUGUAAGAAGAAAGAAUGGAAUCAUCAGCUGGUUAAAAUUGGGGAUGCCCGUUCACUCCUACGUGAGAAUGGUGGGGCAGAAGGGUCGAUGAAAAAUCCAAACAGAAGAAAAGAAGUUGUGAAUCCGGGGAACAGUUCACAGAGUGUAAUCUGGCACAGUAGGGCUCGGAAGGCCAAAGCUAAAGAAAACUGAAAAGAGGGCGUCAGAUGCAUUUCAAGACUACGCCACAGGCUGAAUCCAAGACUUUGUUUUUUACCUUUCUCAGUUUCCACCAGCUAGAGCAGAAUGCACCCUUUGGGUGUGGUGUUGGGCCCACCUUUCCCUUCUUACCUCCCCACCUCAAAACAAAUGCUUUUUAUAUGAGUCAAUUGCCCCCAAAUCCACUGCUGCUGUGGACUCCAGCACUGGGCAAGACAGGUGUAUGGAUCCCAGUUUGACCUGCUCUCUGCUUGAAGAGAGGAGGGAAGAAGAGAGGAUGCUUGUGUCUUGGCAAACAGAACAGCGAUCGAAAUUCGUGUUUUUCCAGCCAUUUAGAUCAGCGUGCUUCAACCAGCUUUUAAUUAAGCAAUACAGUUUUGACAAAGAAUAAAACCAUGGACUGCCAGUGCAAGAUGGGUGAACACUUCUGUGUUCAGGUCACAAGCAUUUGUUCCUUUUCUCAUGUGACCUUCAUGGGGUGGAGACCAUUCAUCUUGAAUAGAAAGAAUCAGAGUUGCCUUUUCCAUAACACCAGCAUUUUAAACAUAUGAAAAGAGUCAUAAGUCCUGAUCUUGAACUCAGGAGAAAAUUAAUUACAUUAAUUUUUGGCCCAAUUCAAUGCAGGGUCUCAGAAAUGAAACACGUGAUAGGUUUUUAUUUCACCCCAUUCAUCACCAUAACUAAUCACAGUAGCUUUGAAGGCACAUGAACACCUUUUUUUGUUUUGUUUUAUGAAGCGCUUGCUAACAAAGAAAUGUAAAUCCACUUAGGGCCCAUGCAUGCAGAAAAGGGCUUAAUUUGCUAAGACAAAUCCUUGAUUUUAAGCUUCCAUGUACUUUGGGAAACAUUAUUUUUUGCUAACCAUAAUUAGUUUCCAUUGCAAUCACAAUCGGAUUAAUGGCAGGUAGAAUAGUAUGGUUACGAGAGUAAUGGAUUUGUAUCUGUGGUCCCUGGUUUUAAAUCUUCCCUGUGCCACUUUACUACCCAAGGAACCCGAUUCAAGUCACUUAACAUUUCUGAGCCUCAGUUUCCUCAAGUGUAAAAUGAGGGGGUCGGACUACAUGAUUUCUCAUAUUUAUCUUCCACCCCUCAAUUUAAUAGUGGAAACAUUGCUCCCCUCCACCAAUAUGUUGUAGAAAAUUGAACCUUUUGCAACAAUCCGAGCAUCCUGGUGGUGAUCAUUAUUUUCUGAGCAGUUAAUAAGCACCUUUCUUUACUUGAAGAUUGACUGCAGAGGACAUGGCCUCUGCCCACCAGGAGUAACCAAUCAGAUCCACCACACACAAUGACAUAUUGGUUAUUAUUUGGAAGGCAGUGUAAGAAAGUGGCUAGAGAGCCAGACUUGGAAACAGAGGAGACUUUGGUUUCAAAUCCUGCCUCUGAUGCUUGCUCACCAUGAGGUUCUGGGUGAGUCAUUUUUACCACUCUGAGCCUCAGCUUCCUCAUCUGUGAGAUGGGAAUACCAAUAACUGUAAUAUUUUCCUCACAAGAUUGCUGUGAGGAUCAGGUGGGAGUAUGUUUGUAAAGUACUUUGCCAACUUUUAAGUGCAAUAGAAAUGCCGGCUAUUAUUUUUAAUAAUUAAAGAUAAGGUGCAUUUUCAAAUUCCAUAGCCAAAUCAGUUGAUUGAAAAUCAACCCUCUUCAGUGGACCAUGGUAGAAUGAAAUUGUAUCAUGUGGUCUUGAUCAGGCUGUCCAGCCUCACAAGACAUUGUACCUGACCAUUUGCUGAGUAUUGAAAUGUUAGAAUAAAAAGCUUUUUCUAAUGCAUGUGCUAGGAGGUGGGUGGGAUAUUUUUAAAAUUGUGUUUUUAAAAAAAAGUCAUUAGAAUAUUACUGUUUGUAGACUUUAUGUGAUCAUAGAAUAUCUGCACUUUAACAAGGUUAAUUCCAGGCCUUAAAUGUGAUCUCCAUGCAUACAGCAUUCUUGGCAAAGCAUCUAUGAAAUCUGGGCUUGAGAGAGAGGCAUUCUGUUUAUUUUGCUUCCCAGUCUUUGUGUCAUCAAAUAGAUGCCAUUAAAUAACGAUGACGGAUGUCAACUGACUAUACAUUUGGAAGGUUUCUGUGGCAGAAGGCAUUCUGGGAAGGAAAAUAAUAACAUCAUGCUUCGUUACUUUGUAGACGCUGCUUUGAGUAAAAUAAGAAUGAUAAAUCCCCUUUGAAAUAAGGGAGUUUCCCCCUCCCCCUUACAUUUGGACACUCCAUUUGCAGGCAAGAACUAACAGUUCCCCCUCAGUGAUAUUACUGAGGGAAAAAAAAUAGCACAGUGAUAAUGGUAAGCACCCUGCCCUGUCCAUGGUACUCACUGCCUCAACUUCAUCCAUCCUAAGAUGGAUAUUUUAACACUGGGUAGCAGUGCUCUUAGGAAUUACCUCCAUUUCUCCAUCAGAACCAAGGGAGGAAAUGCAGGCUUCUUUUUAUUCUUCUAAGAACAUCCAUUCUAGACUCCACCUCCCAAAUUGGACAUCAAUUCAAUCUAACCUUCACUCAUUGAAAACCAUCUCUGUUUCUCUAUUUAGACACUUGGGGGAAGGGUAGCUGGUACUUUUUGCUUGACCAAAGAGAAAAGAGCAGAUGGUUGUUCCUCUGUCUUACUUUUUCUUGAAAAAAUGUACUUGUCUCUUCUCACUCUGUGGCUAUAAUAUAGCAAACCAACCAAGCAUUAAUCAAAUAGUUCUCAGCAGUACAAACUUAAACAUAAUUAAGUAGUUCACAAAAGCACCUCUUUUUGCAAUUUGAACCACCCGAGGUUAUGAGAUCAGCAUUCAGACUCCCCAAAGUUCCAAGGCCAAAUGGAAGUGGUAAGGGUUAUGUUUGCUGACUUGUGACUUUGGGAAGUGUGCCAUAGCUAUUCUCACAUACAUAUAUGCUAGAGAUAUCCUUUUCAGCAUCUUUACCUCCUUUUAAAUUUUGGAAAGAAAACAAAAGCACUAUCCUAAUAAAUGUUUUUUCACAA